GCCCAGGUUGCCAAGCUUCAAGGUACCACCCUUUCUUUUCCGGCUAACCCGUUCUUUUUUCAUUUUAUCUAUUGUCGCUUGCUAAAACCUUUCUUUCCGGUACUUAGGCGAGAAAGAGCAGCUCAUCAAGGAGCACCACGAGGCACUGGACGCCCAGAAGACCACCUCGAGGGAGCUAAAGGAACAGGCUAUGCAAGCCGCGCUCCAGCAUGAGCAAGCCCUCAAGGAUGCCCGGGUCGCAGCUGAGGCCAGGUUGGCGGAGGUCGUGGAGGACUCCACGAACUCCAACACCGUAUUGACGGCAGAGCUGGAGGAGGAAAGGAAGGCGCGGAAGGCAGCGGAGCGCCUCAUUGAUACCAUGACCACUGAUCACAGGGAAUAUGAUCGGUUGGUUAUGAAGAUUGAUGCGCUGGCUCUCCAGCAUUUCCCGGACUCCCAGGCCCACGCCGUGAAGAAGGUGAUGGAGGAUCGGGUGGCGCGGGAAUUUCCCAACAUGGACGCGCACUGGGACGGGUACGACUAUCUGGUCGCCCUCUCCGCGCGAGUCCAACACAUGCGCUCCGUCGACCGGCUUCUUGGCGACCUACCGGAUGCUUCCAUCCAGCUCUUCAAGGUGCUAUGGCCUGAGGAGGAGAUGCCGGAAGAAGAAGAAGGAGAUGAGGAUGAGGCCGCUGAGGAUGUGCCGCCGGAAGCUCCCGAGGCUAGCGCUGCUCCCCCUGAAGACACCGAGACUGGUGCUGCUCCGCCUGAUGCCCCCGUCGCCUGA